AUGUUGGAGGAUGGGGAUCUCGCACAGGAGCUCUUCAACCACCUACAGUCAAUCGGGGCCUACGUUCGCGCUCAGGACAUCGUCGAUUAUCUUGCUCGUCCUGAGGUUCGAGCACGCCACAACCUGAAGGAUACAGUCGGACUAUCGACAGCGAAGCGUUGGAUGCACAUAAUGGACUAUCGCUGGAAGAAAACACCGAGCGGUCAGUACGUCGACGGACACGAGCGCGAAGACGUUGUUCAGUAUCGACAGAAAAAGUUUUUACCGACCUUAUUCGAGCUCUUGGCGAACGCGCAAAUUUGGAAGGAAGGUGUGGCGGAAGCAAGAGGGAAUCCACCCGAACGAUGGACGAUUAUAUGGUACCACGACGAAAGCACCUUCUACGCACAUGAUCGACGGAUUGUUCGUUGGGUAUGGAAGGGAGAGACAGCGAAGCCGAGGGCAAAGGGGCAGGGUUCGUCGUUGAUGGUCGCAGAUUUU